AUGGGGGACGACAUCGAAACUGCUAAAAGAAACAACGUCACAGGUGCCGUCUAUGGUCAAAGAGGUACGUUUUGGAAUGAAGCUUUUUUAAUCAUCAAAUAACGGAAAAAAUUUUAAAAAAAACAGUCAGGUCUACAUUUAUUCUCCAUUCCAAAAGCCUUACCAAAAUUGAUAAGAGAAAAUCGCUGUUUCUAGAUAAACCUCUAGAUAAAACGUUCAAAAAUUUGAAUGAUAAUCGAAAGAGUUUUUUCAACUGUCUGCGACCGGGAUCUUCGUUUGCCAAAUCAACAGAAAAUAAACUCUUAUAAGAAAAAUGUUUGAAAAAUUUUCUACUGGCUAAAAAUUUUGAAAGAAAAAUAACUUACUUGCAAUAAAUUUAUCUACGAAUACCAUCAACAGAAACGAUGAUAUACACGAAAAAAUCAUAUAUUUAUAAGCAGACGGUCGGCAGAGUUAUAUGAUUUUAGAGGUUUUUAUAAAAUUUUAGCUUCUGGCCAGCUGGAGAAAAAAAAAUCACAUAAAACAUCUUUUUUCCGUACAUUGCGAUGUUUCGACCGUAGCGGUGCAUAAACUCAAAACAUAUAAUGACCAACGCGAAUUCGCGAAAUUCGCGAAAAAAAUAUUUUUUUUCAGUAUUUUUUUUAAACGGCGUUAAGUUUUACUUGCAUGUAUACAAUCACUUUGUUAAAAAAUAUUUGUAAAUAAAAGGCAAAACUGAAAUUUCAAAUUUUGUUUGAAUUAAUUAUCAUUGUUUUCUUUCAAAUUUUCGAGAUAGUAGCGUUUUUCGCGGACCAGUCACGCCUGUUUAACACAUCUGUUCAGCCCGUCCGGUUUGGCACACUGUACGUUUAAAUUGUGCAUACACCAAUAGCGGUUUUUGGGCGAUAUCUUCGUUAUUAACGCGGUUUUUGUACGAAAAAAUAAACAAAUUUGAAGAAAAACGAAUAUAAAACAUUCAAAGAUACAAAUUUAGUUUUAAUAAUCAAGUUUUUGCGAACGCUGGCAAGCCUUGAAAAAUGGCCUACUUUGGGAAAUCACGGCGUUCUUUUGACGACGCCCCUCCCACAAUUUCCGUAAUAUUUGAUGUCUUUUGUGCAUACACAGAACGACGCUAACUCGCAUACUCAUUAAACUCAAAAAUAAUUUGUUUCCUCGAAAAAUAGGGUUUUUUCAAAACUAUAGACGUGGAAAAAAUCGAUCUUUUCACAAUUCCUUUUCUAGUUGACAAAAAACAUUUGGGUGAAAGUUUUUCUUAUUUUCUGAACACUUUCAUACCUUUCAUCCUCAAAAUUGGUUAAAGUCCUUCUUUUGAGUGAAAAACGUGGAAUUUUGUGUCGAAAAGACUUAUUGUGGUUCUAUGUGUCUUUCCCGACUUAUUGAAAAAUUCAAAAAAAGUUUUUCUUUACAGAUUUAGUUUAGUUCAUCCACCUAGUGGUAUUUUUUUCUCCUCUGCAACAUCGCCAUACCAUUCUGAUGUUGCGAAAAAUGAAGAGAUUGAUUGAUUCGAAUAAAAAAAUUUUAAUUUGACACUGAAAAAUGUUGCUGAAAGGCUUUUUUUGCUUUAAAGGGAAAAUUUGGUCAAAAACACAGCAGUUAAUAUUGAAAAAUUGAAAAAAGUUCCUUCGCAUUUUGCUGUCGCAAUAAAAAAACAAUUACCGUAAAUCAGUACAAAACAGAUAAAGAUACAGCUGAAAUAAUUAUUAUGUUUAUAUAAACAUGAAAAAAAUCACGUGAAGCACUUGAGCAACAAGAAAUUCAAAUGUUCGCGCGCAAGCUGUCUACCGUAAAUCUAGGUGGAGCAACCCUUCCAAGCCGCUCCACAUUUUCAAAAAAAUUUAACAUUUUUCUUCCACUACGCAGAACGCCGUGAAAUGCGUCUUUAGUAAGUGAAAAGUCUUUUUUUCUCUGUAAUUUUUUAUCUAUUAAUGUCAGAAAUUGCCUUCUUCAUUGUAUUCAAUACAAAAAAUGAUCGAGAAUGGUCUAGUAUGGACAGCGGAGACGGUGCAGUGCAAACCGGACGGGUCCCUGUAGGUCUGAACUGGUGUGUUAAGGUGGCCGGUCGUAUUACGGUAGUUUGGAUAGGUUUUCGGGUAAUAAAAUUAAAACUUGUGUACUUUUUGUGACGUAACUUACCUUGUAGCCUCGAGAAAUAUUUCCUUGACAAGGUUCAAAAAAGAAAGAAAACUAAAAAAUUUUCUUGACUCCGAAACUGACUGCGCAAUAUUGACCGGCCACCGGCCGCCCUAGUACUGUCUCAAACAUGCGUGCAAUAAAUGCAAUUAAUGCAAUUAAAACUAUAGUACUUAAUAAUUAUUUUCGAGGAAAAAGUUUAUUUUGAUAUUAUGUCUUGUUCCCGCUUUCAUGUAUAAAUACGCAUUUUUUCGAAUACACGUUCAAAAUUUGGAUAUCCCUCAGAAAGUGUACUUUAAGGAGUUUCUCGAGACACCGGAAGCAACGGCUGUGGAAUUUUCAUCACGAUUCUAAGCUAUUUGAUUUUCAUUCUCACUUUCCCGAUAACAAUUUUUUGCUCCAUUAAGGUUUGCCGUAUUGUGAAGUUUUCUUAUGUUAGUUUUUUAUAGGUGGUCAAUGAGUACGAAAGAGCGGUUGUGUUUCGUUUGGGUCGACUUGUCAGUGGACUUAAAGGACCAGGUUAGUUUUUUUUUUUUUCAUUAGAUUACUUUCUAGCUGCUUCAAGGUACAUUCUUCAUCAUGCCUUUCACAGACACUUUCAUUAAAGUUGAUCUGCGCCUGAAAUCCUACAAUGUUCCACCUCAAGAGGUUCGCUUCAUCUUGAUUGAAAAUUAUUUCCUUUUUUUGGUUUCAAUAAGUUUCUGUCAAAUGUCGAUGAGUUCUCGGCAUCACGGACUUUUUAUAGUGA